AUGUCAAAUGAUAUAAAUUUAAUAUCUUCAAUUAAUUUUGCAACAAUACAAAUUAAUCGUCAUGCAGCUGCAAUCGUACUUCUCUUUGGUACAGUUGGUAAUGUACUCAAUGUUUUGGUUUUAAGUGAAAAUUCUUUAAGAAAAAUUCCAUGUGCAUUUUAUCUUUGUUGGUCUUCAGUAUCAGCUGUUGUGUUUCUAUGGUCAGGAUUAUUAACACGAGUUCUACAAGGUUAUAAUUUUAAUUGGCCAAAUGAAAAUCGACCAAUUUGUAAAAUUCGUCUGUAUUUACUGAAUGUUAGUUGGGCAGUAGCUAUAUGGGCUCCUGUUGGAGCAAGUAUGGAUCGAUAUCUAUGUAGUAGUCAUUCAGCUGCCUAUCGACGAUUAAGUACAAGUCAAACUGCAAAACGAUAUCUCAUUGGAAUUUUUAUAUUUUUUGCAUUAGCAUUUCUUGAAAUAUUGUAUUGUUUUGAAGCAAGUGUUCCUAAUGUUCCAGUUGCUUGUUAUGCUCAAAAUCUAACUUGCCGACUAAUUAGUGAUUGGAGUAACAUAUUAAUCGAUAUCGUUUUUCCCAGCAUAUGUUUAGCCAUUUUUGGUGCAUUAACUAUUCGCAAUGCUCGAGCAAGAUUUAUUCAACCUACAGCCAAUUCAAUUAGUGAAACUACUACAAGCACGAAUGCACUAGUAAUGAUUGUUCUUGUUCUGGAUUUACCGUUUGGAGUUGAUCGUUCAUAUGUUAGUCUAACAUCCGAUGUUCCAAAAAGUGCAUAUCGUGUUGCUAUUGAAAAUUUAUUAUAUUCUAUAAUAAUACUUCUCUUGUUUUUCACCCACACAACUUCAUUUUAUUUAUAUACACUUACUGGUACACUUUAUCGUGCAGCAUUCGAACGUCUUGGAUACCGUUUUCUCAACCAACUACAAGUAAGACAUUAA